AAUGAAUUUAUUUCUCAGAUGAGAUGUCACGUCAAAUGCCACUUGAUGUUGCGGAGAGCCUCAUUUACGCCGUGCAAAAAAGGGACGUGCUGUAUAACAUAAAUUGUAAAGGAUACAAGAACAGAAACAGCACAGAAAUGGCGUGGACAGCUGUUUCCAGGGAAAUAGGGCGAGAUGUCACUUUUUGUAAAACAACGUGGUCCCAGUUCAGGGCCACAUACAAGAGAACACUGACACAACAUCAACUCCGCAGUGCAUCUAAGCCUGGAAAACAGCCACUGUGGUAUUUAUUUCGCCAAAUGUCCUUCCUGAAGGACCAUGUGAGGCAACAAAUACAAGAUGAGGCACAUACAUCCUCAUCCUGCAGUCCUGACUUGGAACUUUGUGUGGAACUUCAGGAACAGAAGCAAGAGUACACAGACACAGAUGAGACCGUGACGGGAGAUAUCGUAACGACGUAUGAACAAGCUUCAUCAGCACCAAUGAUGAAAGGAGAUAGGAAGAGGAAAGCCCUACACGUGGACCCCAACCAAGAAACAUUCCUGGAAUCUAGAAAAAGGGUCCCCCCACCUCCUCCUGCUCUUGAAUUCCAAACAGUGCCACCACCAGCCCUGCAGCCUGAAUUACAGAUUUUCUGGAGCCUAGUACCGUUUAUAAGACAACUUACGGAACGAAGCAGGAGGGUGUUUGUUUCUCAAACAACAUCACUCCUCAUGGACUUGCUGGAUCAGCAGGACUGAUUUCUUUUUACUCUUCCUUUUUGUAAAUAAAUGAAUAAAUUAUUAUUAUUAUUAUUAUUUCG